UUGAUGGGCGAUUGGGUGUGGGAAAUAUAACGUCUACAAAAUUUUUACCAGACAGAGUUAGUUAAUAUAAGCUUUGUAAAAACUAUCAAGUGUUAAGUAAAAGUUUUAUUUCCCCCCAAAAUAUUUACUCUCAUAAAACUAUCUAUUAAAAAAAUACAGAAGUUGGUCCUAAAUUAAUUAUUUCACCAGCAAAAAUAAUGUAAGAACCACUGAAAAAAAUAGAAUUUAGUUUGACAUCAUCCUCCCACUGCCAACUUGGACACUACAGAUAAGAAGAGGUUAAAUUAACAGACAAGUUCUGUACACCAUUACUGACAACAGUCUCUUGGUGAUGAGGAACAUUGUUCAACUUUAUUAAGCCUUAUCUAUCUACUAUCACAGGAUUAUAGCGUUAACAUCUAACAAAUAUGUCACUACCACGACAGGUGCCAGUUACCAUGGAGCCUAGCAGAAUGGAUUUUUCAGAUCCCUUCUUCAGGGAACCUACACUCUCUAGUUUCAGAGAUCCUGCUGUCUAUACAACAAGAGACCCAUACAUUCAUCAAAGUUUGGUCAGGGAUCCUAUAAGAGAUGUAUCAACUUAUCAACAACCAAUCAGCACAUUGCCUUUGGCCAGGUCAUUUUUCAACCCAGAACGUCAACUAAGUACAAUGGACACUGAGCUCCAGAGAAUGGCCACUGAGAUGAGGAGAAUGUUUAGUGAUAUGCAACAUCUCAUGCCAGCAGAUUCAAACCCAGACAACUGGAGAAUCAAGGAAAAUUUCUACCUAGACAACCCUGUACGCCAGGACCAGAAUUCUGGUCAACGAUUUUUCAGACUUCAGUUUGAUGUCAGACAAUUUAAACCAGAAGAAAUUUUUGUAAAAACAAUUGGAAAUCAACUGACCGUACAUGCCAUUCAUGAUGACAACCAAGAGGGCAAAUCUGUACACAGAGAAUAUAAUAGACAGUAUGUUCUUCCAAAGGAUUUAAACCCAGAGCUUCUAGUGUCAAAGCUGAACAGAGAAGGUGUUCUCACUAUUGAAGCUCCCCUACCAAUAACUGACACUUACAGGGAUAAGCUGAUUCCAAUCAAGCAUGAAUAGAUGUGUAAACCAGGAAUUAAAUGAGAAAAGAAGCUAGAAAAAUAAAACAUGCCAAAACUAAUUACAUGAAGCUAACUUGAAUGUUGUUUCCAAUAUUUUUAAGCUGAAAUGAAAGUGUAAGAGACUUAUCUUAAUUUCACAUUUUUAUUUCCAUAACCUUGAUAAUUUUUUACAAAGCUUAUAUCAACUAACUCUGUCUGGUAAAAUGCUUUUUAAAGUUUUAUCUCUCAUACCCAUUCUCUGAUCAAGUUGAAACUUUGCACAAUUAUUUAUUGGUCUAGACAAUACAUGAAUCAAUAAAAAAAAUUUACCAAUUAAUUACUAAUAAUUAAUUAUUUUGUUUAAUGCCAACAAGGGAAAUCAAUCCUUCAGUGUUUAAAGAUGUCAAUAAGCAUUAAAAAAGGGAAAUAACUUGUACAUUAUAUAUAUAAUUGUAAGUGCAAAGUUCUUCCCCUAAGAUAUGGCUUUGUUUGUAAAACAAGACAAGAAAAAUAUUUAAAAAAUACUUACAAAUAAAAAAAAGCUUAUACUAACUGUAAUUUAUCAAUUAGUUAGGAUCACUAAAAAUAAUAAAUCUGUGCAAUUAGAUAUAUUUUUACCAUAUGCUUUUGUUGAGAGCAAUAUCAUGCUUUAGCUUUCUCACUGCUCUAUGAUAUGAUCACUUGUGUGGGCAAGUUGGGAAGGUGGGGGGCAGAAAGAAGGGUAGGGGUCUGGAUGAAGCCUCCUUAAGCCGAUACACUAACCACAGUGCCAGCAAAGUGCUUAUGAAAACAGAAUGUUUCAUAGCUAUCUAUCAAAAUAUAAAGGUCACUAAUUCAACAUAUAACACUAUAUCUUUCAAGUACAAUUUCUUUCCCUUGUUUGAUGACAAUCAAAUGAAUAAUUACCAAAAAUUAAUUAGCUAAUUGUUUAAUAAUUUCUUUUAUUGAUUCUUGUUUUGUCAGGUGUAAGAAACAAUUGUGCAGAAUUUCAACUUGAUCCAAGAAUGGGUGUAGGAGAAAUAACGUACAAACUUUUGACCUGUCAGACAAAAACACUGACAGAGUGAUAAGCUUUGUAAAAAGGAUUUUUUUGUUCUUGCUUUAAACCCUCAACUAGCAGCCAAGAAUGGGCAGAAAAUAAGAUACUUAUUUUGAAAGUUAAUGUCUAUAUAAUAUGCAAGUUGGUUGCCACUACCAGCUAGAAGUGAUAAGCACUGUAAUUCAACAAUGGUUAUUACUGUUUUAACAGCUGUUCUAAAUUAAUGCCUGUUUAAGCAUUGGUAAUUGAUACACCUAAUUUUUAAGAAUUAUUAUUAUUAUUAUUAUCUAAUUUGUGUGUAUGCUAAUUUUGAUUAUCAAGAACAAUGUAUUAUUGUUAGAGAAAAUGCCUGCUAUUGUCAUGUUUUUUUGUUUUUUUUAUUUAUAUAAAGGCCAUUAAUUGAGUAGUUACUAAUUUCUCUGUAUAUUCACUCAAGAGAGAAAGUCUAUUGUCUGGCUUGAUCAUGGUCUAUUUCAAAUUGUAUCCAUUCCCAUUAUUUUUUUUUUUACAAUCAUAAUCAUUCAAUUUUUACUUUACUUCUCUCUGUCCUUCUUUAAACAAAACUUUAUACAUAAAGGAAUUUAUAAGCCCAUUGAAUUGUUCAUACUAAUGGAUUUAUAAACAAGGAUCACUUAAGACACAUAGUGUCACAGUAUGAGAAACAAGUUUGCUUUUUUUUUGUGUUCUUGCCAAUUUACAUUCCUGUGAUCACAUGCAAUCAGAUGCCAUGGAAUUCUAACUUGCUAAGCUUUUCACUGUAGCUUAUCAUUUGAAUUAUUUCCACUUUAGCUUAAUCAUUUAUUUUCUUUUUACUAAAGAUUAAUCUUAUUACUUCUGUAAUGUAAUAUUUAGAACAAUAAACUGCUUUAUCUAA